AUGGUCUUCCAGAACCUUGCCACUUUCCCAUCAGAAAGUGGAGACAAUUUCCCCUUUCCACUGAAUCUGGAUGGACCUUUUAAAUUGUGGGUCCAGCCCCCACGAGCGGGACCACCACGGCUUAGCCUCUGCGUUCACCUACGCGGGUCUCGCCUCCGGGAGGGGUACCGAGCGCGCCCGGCCUGCGCGGGGCUUCUGGGAGUUGUGGUCCAGCCGCCAGGCCCCCGCGCCGGGGCGCCAGCUGCUGGGCCUUCUCGGUCUGAAGCGCGAGUGGGCUGGGCCGUUCUCGGGGACGCGGCCAUGAAGGUCUCGUGGCGGCCUCCGUACCCAAGACCUCCCAGGCGGACGCCCGGAGAGCUGGUGACAUUCAAGGAUGUGGCUGUGGACUUUGCCCAAGAGGAGUGGGAACAUCUGGACGCUUCUCAGAGUCACCUGUACGGAGAAGUGAUGUUGGAGAACUAUGAGAAUCUCAUCUCCUUGGCAGGGCAUCUGCUCUCCAAACCGGAAAUGAUUUUCUAUUUUGAACAAGAAGAUGGUGUAUGGAUGGAGGAAGAAAUGCCAAGAAGCUCCUAUUCAGGUGUCAGGGAUGAGAAUGAUGGGAUUCUCCCUUGGCAGACAUCUCCAAGAGAAAAACCCUACAGCUGUCCCCAGUGUGGCCAAGACUUCAGACAGCUCAGAAACCUUCUACUUCACCAGCAAACCCAUACAGGAGAGAAGCCCUCUCCAUACGCUGGGCGUGGAAGAGCCUUCAGGGUAAGGACAGCAGACCUUAACUUUCCCAGGCUCCUUCCCAGAGAAAAGGCCUACCAAUGCAUGGAGAGUUCCAGAGUCUCCAACUCAGGAUCCACUCUGAGAAGGCACAGGAAGGACCACAUGGGAAAGAAACCUCCCACGUGUGAGGAAUGUGGGAGGGACUUCAGCUGCAGCUCCAACCUGUCCAUCCACCGGCGCGUCCACACGGGCGAGAGGCCCUUCAGGUGCCAAGACUGCGACAAGGACUUCAGCCGCAGGGCAGCCCUGCAGACCCACCAGAACGUCCACGUAGGAAGGAAGCCCCAUGCUUGCGAGGUGUGUGGCUGGGGCUUCACUCUGCGCUCUACGCUGGCGCGACACCAGCAGGACCGUGCAGGAGACAAGGGCUAUGUGUGUGACACAUGUGGCUGGGGUUUCAGCCAGAGAGCCAGCCUCUACCUGCACCAGUGCGUCCAUACUGGGGAGAGACUAUUCGGCGUGAGGCCUGAGGGAAGCAGUUCGGCCGGAGCAAGGACCUGGGCAUCCACCAGAGGGUCCACACGGGAGAGCAGCCCUACAGGUGUGGGGCUUGUGAGAGGGACUUCAGGCACUGUUCAGCCCUCAGGAGCCACCAGAGGGUGCACACAGGGGAGAAGCCCUAUCCCUGUGCCGUGUGUGGGAGGGGGUUCAGUCAGAGAGUCCACCUGCAGACGCACCAGAAGGUGCACUGUAGGGAGAGGCUUUUGGGACUGGGCGUUGCCAAAUGUCAGAACAGCAGUUGUCUGGAAGGUGCCUUCCAGAGCCCGGAGGAAUGCCAGGGCAUGGGUGCUGAGAUACACGGCAUGGCAGGCUUAA